AUGGCGAAAUGCGGAUUGCACACCGGCCUGUUGUCGCUCCCAAAUGAGCUGCUUGUCACGGUCGCGGGCCACUUUGCAGCCUCUCCUGAUAAGAUGGACCUCCCCAGAGCCGGAGCCGUGUGUACAAGAAGCACAGAUUACAACUCACUCCUGUCCCUGAGCUCAACAAGUCGCCGAUUUGCUGCUGUCAACAGGCCCUUGAUAUAUCGAGUCGUAGAAUUGACGGAUAUAAAGGGUAUGCUACUGCUGAUUCGAACUCUAUUGGGACAUCGUGACCUGCGCCAUCUGGUGCUUCACCUCAGCAUCGGCUGCGUAGUUCGAAAAAAGAUUUCUGACGAAGAUGGACUACAAGACAUGAUAGCCGCGUGUGCCACCUAUUUGAACUCAAUUAAGUCGUUGGACGGACAAGACCAGAGAAUGCUGGGCUACUUCAAGAUAGGCGAGCGCAGUACUGUUUGUAUUGAGGGAAUACAUUACGGUGGGGUACUAGGAGGGUUUUUGGCAGCCCUCCUCUGUCUCACUCCCUCGGUAGAAACCCUUCGAUUUCUGGCCAAUGGACGAUGGGACCCACGGCAAUGGCGGCGCGACGCCGAACAGGACCCCUUGGAUACAAUGAAAGUCAUGGUCAAGGACCUGAUUUCGUGGCUCGAGCCACAGCCGAUGUCGAAGAUCCGCCGACUGCAGCUCAUUUGCUGCAAGCCAAAUACAACAGUCACGCAAGAUAGAUUCAGCGACUGCAGCAUACCUAUGAGGGUCUUCAGCUCCCUUUGUCCGACGUUGCAGGUAAUCGAGACUUUUGGGGAUAAUGGCUGGUGGAUAACACCAAGCACUAGUAAUUCCUUUUCUGCGCCUGGAAAAAUUCUGGAGGUCGCUGCACUCAACUCGCACAGCCUUGGUCAGAAUGUUGCUGGCAUUGGAAGAAACUUCCGCGGGCUGCAGAAGUUGACGAUCAGGGUGACAGAAAAGCCUCUUUAUGGGCAAGUGGAUAUCGAACGUGGCCUUCUGGGACUCGCAGAUUCCCUGGAAUAUCUCCACAUCGAAUUGCCCUGGGACAAACCGUUCAUUGAGCAGCUGGGCCGUGACUCUCGUCUAGAGUGCCUGCACAAAAUGAAUCGCCUGAGGCACCUUCAUGUGCAGUUGGGGGCGCUUUGUCCUCAAGCCAUGCCUUUGAUCGAAGGGCCUGUCUCUAAGUCAGGCAGUCAGCUGGGAGACUACUCUCUGGCUGUUGACCUACCGCCAAGCUUGGAAUCUCUUGAACUGGUAGAAACGUUGCAGAUGGCAUACAAGGACCUAGAUGAUGGCAUGGGUGUGACGGUGAGAAGAUGGUUGAGACACGAGUACGACCAUGCUCUGAUGAACAUGAUUUUGGAGUUCUGCACACAAGCUUCAAGCACGCAACCUUGCCUACGCUACUUCUGCUUGCUUGCAGCAAGAGAAACUGAAGUACUCAAAAAACACGUGCCUGUCAUCAAAGAUGUCUGUGCAGCUCAGAGCAUUGUGGCGGAGGUUGAAGUACCAGGGUUUGGUAAGAGGAAGAAUGUCAGGCACUUGUUAUAA